AUGAAGCUUACCUCUGCUCUUUCUUACGUCACCCUCUUUGUCGCCCCCCUCGCUACGGCUGUCACGGUCUCCUUCGACGAAACAUACGACGAUGCUGGGGGUUCUCUGACCUCUGUCGCAUGCUCCGACGGUAAUCAUGGCCUGAUCACCCUUCUAAAAGUGGAAAAUUUUGGGCAACUACCGAACUUCCCAUUCAUCGGAGGGGCGGCAGCCGUUUCUGGCUGGAAUUCUCCACAAUGCGGAACCUGUUGGGAACUUUCGUACAACGGCAGGAAGAUCAACAUCCUGGCUAUUGAUCAUACCGAUGACGGUUUCAACAUCGCCCUGCCUGCGAUGAACGCGCUGACGAAUGGACAGGCUGUUCAACUUGGAAGAGUUGACGCCGCUGUACGGCAGGUUGACUCAUCUGUGUGCGGACUCUGA